GGCGGUUUUGCAAUUUCUUUAUUCUCCCAAACUAUGUAUGUAAAGCGAUGUUCAGGUAAGAGUGAGAACAAAACUACGGUUUUCUCAUCACUGGUUCCGCAUUGCCCGCAAUAUCCGCACUUUGUGUAUCUUGUUCCGCGACCUUCUUUUGAUCAAGCAACCUCUCUUCAGUUUCACAGAGAUCGCAUAUAG